CAAGGUGGCCAAGGGAGCACAAGGAAUGAAACCCAUCUGUUGUUUCUGUUGCUUUAAACCCGUGUAUCUGUCUCCGGCUGGAAACACAAGGCUGCUGCUCUCCACACCCUGGAAAGUGUUAACAGACUAAUUUACACUAAAGAGACGAGUUCCAAAAGGUUAUAUAUCCAAAGUGUUGAAGAACUACACAGAACAUGCCUGCGAUGGGGAAUACACCUCACUGAGGUGUCCUCACAGAACCACUAUUAGCAUCCAGUCUUCGUUUUAUGGACGAAAUCUCCCCAGCCACCAGAUGUGCCCAUCCAGAUACCCACAACACUACGCCAUCUCUUUCAAGGAAGAUGUUUCCUGUGCCGUCAGCACAUCCCUCCAGAAGAUGUUGGACGAGUGCCAGGACCGGAGGACCUGCCAGUUUCUCGUCAACAGCCGCCUGUUCGGGGCGGACCCCUGCCCCGGGACCAGCAAGUACCUCGUCGUCUGGUACAAAUGCAGACCCAAUGAAUACAAGAGUAAAGUAGCCUGCGAAAAUGACAAGCUGAGAUUGAGUUGCAAGAGGAGCAUGGUGAUCGCCAUCUACUCGGCUGUCUUUGGCAGAACCCAAGGAGGUAGCCUGGAGUGCCCCUAUCAGAAUCUGGCCAUGCCCACGAUAGAGUGCCAGUCCACGUCUGCACUCCAGCUCAUGACUCGACGCUGCCACGGGAGAAGAAGCUGCAGCGUGUACGCCAGCACGUACGAGUUUGGAGACCCGUGUUACCCAGGAAUCCGCAAGCACCUCAACGUGAUCUACACAUGCGUGCCUAAGAAGCUACUGCAUGAGAGCCAGACAAGGCCAACCAAAUUCCAGGAUUCUCACUCCCCACCUCAUUUUCCUGGACAGCCGCGAGCUCAAGAUCCCAACGUCAUCAGGGAUGGUGUGUUCUUUGCAGAUGCCUCUCCAUUUCUGAUUGAGUCCAUCGUGCCAGAGAAGAAGAAAGGGAGGUCGGCGGCCUUUGACCCAGAAGACCCACUCCCCGUGCCUUUUCCGGUGGACAAGAGAGCGCGGCCCAGUCUGAACGGCAGCAUGGAGCCCGUGGGAGUGAGCACCGAGAUGGCUCUGUUCAGCAACAUUUUGGCCGCCUAUUCGUUUAUCACAGAAAAUCCCGAGCGUGCCGCUCUGUACUUCGUCUCCGGCGUGUGCAUCGGGCUCGUCCUCACCUUGGCCGCCCUGGUCCUGAGGGUCUCCUGCCGCGCCGACUGUCAGCCGCCCCCGGCCAAAAAGGGCCCCCAGACGGAGCGCGAGGGCAGCGGUGGGGAAAGCAGCGACAGCGAAGACGGGGGCUCGGACACCACGUCGGACCUGUCGGCCCGGCGCCACCGGCGCUUCGAGCGGACGCUCAACACCAACGUCUUCACCUCGGCCGAGGAGCUGGAGCGGGCCCAGCGGCUGGAGGAGCGGGAGCGCAUCAUCCGGGAGAUCUGGAUGAACGGGCAGCCCGACGUCCCGGGCACCCGCAGCCUCAACCGCUACUACUGAGAGGCCCCACGGGGGACGGAGAGGGGACGGGGAACGAGGCGGAGGAAUGGAGGUUG